AUGAGCUCUCCAGGGAAACCAGUGCCCGUCGAUGUGCCCACGGCGGCUAGAAGCAAUGCCCUGUCGCAUAGCGACCACGACUUGCUUCAGUCCCUCGACAAGCUCUCGCUUUCGACAUCACCAUCGAACCUGUCCGUAUCGCCUAGUGCGCCUUCACGCUCGCCUUCAGUAACCAGCCGUCGCCCAUCAUGGGCUCCUUUGAGCAAGACCACUUCCGCCGCGGGUAGCACAGGCAGCCCGCACUCUCGCUCAGCCACGCCGACUCUGCUCAAGAAGGCUUCCACCACAUCUCUCAGAUCCGCCAACGGCGCAACCCCUCAGCGUGCUCCGUCCCGCAAAUCCAGCGCCACAAACUUGCGCUCGCCAAGUGUCGCCCCCAGGUCGCCACUCAACACACAGGCUCAGCUGGCUGUCGACUAUGUACCCAAGCCUGCUGCGACGCCAGCCUCCGUCGCGCGAGAUUACUUCAAGAAGGAACUCGAGCUCCUGCAUGCCACGCAAAGGCCCCAUUCUGCGGAGACCAUCGUUGUCAUACACGAUGCCUGCUACGGCCACCGCUUCUCCCGCCCCAAGGCCAGCAAGGGCCACCUUUUCAGCAUUGUAGAAAGGCCAGAGCGGCUGGCCGCCAGCGUCCUUGGCGUGGCCAUGGCCUACGUGCGUCUCGGAGAUCGACACAGCGAUGGCAAAUACCCAAUCCACCCGGAUCUCGACCCAGCGACAUUAGACAGUGUUCCUUUUCACAUACACAAGACCACUCGCUCCGUGUCUCUGACCGAUGCUGUGGUUACCAAUGUCCACGGAACGAAAUGGAUGGAAGAGCUCGACUUUAUGUGCGAGACUGCAGACACGAAGCUUGCAGUCACAGGAAAUGAGCUCAAGCGACCAGAAAUGGAUCGGGGCCCGGACGCAGAGCCUCCACAGAAGUUCCAUGAGGGCGACCUAUAUCUCUGUGCGGAGUCGCGAGCUGCUUUUGAGGGUGCUCUCGGGGCUGUUUGUGAUGCUGUUGAUGCCAUCUUCUCUCAAUCCGGCCACAAGCGUGCCUUUGUGGCUGUACGCCCGCCUGGCCAUCACUGCUCUGCCUCUUACCCAUCGGGGUUUUGCUGGGUAAACAACGUGCAUGUAGGCAUCAUGCACGGCAUACUCAACCACGGCCUGACACAUGCUGCGAUCAUCGAUUUUGACCUGCAUCACGGUGACGGCUCACAGGCAAUCGCUUGGGAACACAAUCAACGUGGCCUUACCAAAAACGCAGCAGCGUGGAAGAAGACGUCUAUCGGCUAUUUCAGUGUGCAUGACAUCAACUCGUUCCCCUGCGAAUGGGGCGAUGAAGAAAAGGUUCGAAAUGCGAGCGUCUGCAUAGACAACGCCCAUGGCCAGAACGUGUGGAACGUCCACCUUCACGAGUGGAAAACCGAGGUCGAGUUUUGGAAACUUUACCAGUCGAGAUACUCCAUCCUCCUGGAGAAGACUCGCCAGUACUGCAAAUCGCAGACGGAGAAGUACCGUGCGAUGGGGCAGGAGCCACGGGGUGCGAUUUUCUUAUCUGCCGGCUUCGACGCAAGCGAGUACGAGACCGAUGGCAUGCAGCGUCACAAGGUGAAUGUGCCAACGGAGUUCUAUGCUCGUCUCACUCGAGACGUCGUUAAAAUUGCGUCAGAAGAGGGUCUGAGUGUGGACGGCCGAGUAAUGAGUGUGCUAGAAGGCGGAUAUAGCGAUCGAGCCCUCUACUCCGGCGUUCUAAGCCAUCUCGGAGGUCUUGCAGGUACAGAUUCCAUCAACCCCAAGGACGAGAUCAAGCCAGAACUCAAUCAGGAGUUGAGUAGCAGGAUUGCGUCCUUGGGUCGGCGUCGGAGUACGAUGACGGAUGCGGAACUCAAUGCUCUCAAGGUACCAGGAUUCCCAUACGAUCCGAACUGGUGGUCCAGAACAGAACUAGACCGCUUCGACACAUAUGUCUCGCCCCCAGCACAGGAGCCCAAAAAACCGCGCACGACCAUUGUGCCGACGUACUUCUCCCCUACCCAUGCUUCCACGGCCAGGGAGACAGAUCUCGCCAAAACCAAGCGAAGCAUGUCCGGAACAUCAGGCUUGAGCGGCACGCAGACAAUCAUGUACCGGGUGCCUACACCACCUCCUCCUGAUGUUCCCUGGCCCGCUGCCGUACAGGAGCUGGGCAAGCUCCUUGUGCCCAGUGAUCGUCAGACAACCAGUUUCACCUGGGAACAACUAAAUGCCGAGACCAAGGCCCGGCGGGCUCGGCAAGCUGCGGCAAUCGCGCUCGAUGCUGCCAACAAACCGCCACCUCCACCCACGCCAUCUCGGGCGUCGACGCGAAUGUCUUUGCGUGAGAGACGGCCAGUGAAGGCAGCUGAGCCUCUAGAGGUCGAAGAUCUCGGCAGAAACAGAAGGAAGACUGUCGGAGGUGCGACAAUAUCCUCAAAAGAAAAGACUUCUGGCCGCAAUACUCCGACACCUACACAAGGCACACAUGCAAGGAAUCAUAGUCGACGACUUAGUGCUUCGUCGACCAUAUUGACAGCCACGCACGAAUCUUCAGAGCAAGCUCCCAACAACGAAACAACUUCAGCGACGCAAGGGACAGGUGAACCAGCAACAGUGGUGCAAACAUCUGUCCCGCCAGCACUGACGGUCAAGAAGACAAGGGCCACGCCGAGGUCGUCCCCAGCUAAACCUCAAUCGUCAAAGACAAAGGUGCCUUCAAUUGAGACUCCACCGUUGCCACCUAUUCCUGCAUCUGAGCGACCUGCGCGGACUCGCGCGUCGCUCGGCAGAGAUGAGCUAGACAACAUCACGAAUGGUAUGAAGAGAAUCAAGAUCAAUGUUCUCACAAAAGAAAAGAAAGAAGAGCGAGCUCGAGCCGAGGCCGAAAGGAAGGCAGCACUAGGCCAGCAAGCGAUGACGGAAUCAUUGAGCGCCUCAACUGAACUAGCUGGUUCACAUGCAAUGGACACUGUGGCAGGCAGUUCCAGCAGCGUUGCUCAUGAUGAAGCACCUGUGACGCCAGGUUUCGAUGUGUCUGCCCAUAAUACCCUGGGUUCUUCUAACGGCACCCCACAAGCUCCUUUCACAGCACCACCGGCAGUGUCGAGCAUCAAGAUCGAGGACAACGUUGCGAUCCCUCUGGAUUACAACGCCAGCCCCACUGUCAAACACGAACUUUCCCCGGAGCCUGAACAGGUCGUACCAGAGUUUCGCCCCAGCUCGCCCUCCACGCCGGCUGCGCAACCGGCAGCCGAGCCCGACCUCUUUGUUCCGUAUCAGCCAGAAGGCCCUCCUGGGAUGAGCGUGCCGCUCACUGGCCCUGUCAAGAUUCUCGAGCCAAACAUGGGCACGCCAGCUCACUUCGAGCCCAAGACGUCCGACCGACCCGAUCUGGCCUCGCCAAGCCCGGUCAAGUUCUCCAAGCCUGGGAAGCUUGGCGGACACCACUUCACGGCGACUUCAAAGCUCUCGUUUGCGCAGCCCAGGACAGGUGCUCCGCCAGGCACCUCGAACCAGUCUAGCCCAGUUACGGAUCCCUCAAAGACGGGGCACUGA